AUGAAGCUCUGGAGCGACGAGGACUUUCUGAUGUACGGCGGCGUCGACGGCCUCGUCAUGAUCUACUUCCUGCGCUUCGCCACGGACCAGUGCCUCUUCGCGUCCGUCGUCGGCCUGCUCGUGCUCGUGCCGGCCUACCACACGGGCCGGGGCCUCUACGCGGGAGGCGGCGACGACGACGGCGAACACGCGCGCGAGUGGUCCUUCUCCGAGACGACGGUCCAGAACAUCCGGUGCCGCUUCGACGUCGCCGAGGAGCUCGGCGAGAACCCCCUCUUCCCCGAGUGCCGCAACGGCCGCUCCCAGUUCCGCUUCGCGCUGGUGGUGGCGUGCGCGUGGUUGUUCACGCUCCGAGCGCUGGCGAAGCUCGCGGAGAACUACCAGCAGUUCGUCCACCUGCGCCACUGGUACCUCACGUCGGGCCUGAGCCGGCGCGCCCCGGGCAUCGAGGCCCAGCGCGCCCUGACGGUCAAGGUCGAGAACCUGCCCGAGGGUCUCCGGACCAUGGACCGGGUGAAGAAGAAGUUCGAGAAGCUGUGCGGCCCCGGCUCCGUGCACAGCGCGCACGUCAUGGUCGACGGGCUCAAGGACCUGGACGGCCUCUGCGCCCAGCGCAACAAGGCCCAGGACGCCCUCGAGGACGCGAUCUCGAAGCGCGCGAAGCUCGCGGCCGUGCUCGCGGCGGACGCGGACGCGCGGCUGCGGAAAGCGCUCGACGCGCGCGCGGCCGCGGGCGACGACCGCGCGCGGGCCGGCACCUGGUUCGGCUUCCGGAGCGACAGCGACCCGGAGUCGCCGCGGAAGCGCCGCGGGUCGUCGGUGCACGUGCCCUGGUUCGAGAAGUUCGCGUGCAAGAACGACGAGCCGCGAGACGACGCUCCGGAGGCGGACCUCAUCGGCCUCGACGAGCAGGUCACGGAGGACCACGGCGCGCUCUACGCGACGGCCGGCGGCGAGAUCGCCAAGACGCAGCGGCGCGCGCGGACGAACACGAUCUCGCGCGUCGAGUCGAUGGCCGUCGAGAGCCUCGAGGACGCGGCGAGCUCCGUCGCGUCCGGCGACGAGGCCAUCGUCGAGGCCCAGCCGACGUGGCGCCUCGCCCUGCCCGCCGUGCGGCGGCGCGAGGCCGUCGACGCGAUCCCGCGCCACGUCAACUGCCCGGGCUGCGGGCCCGCGUGCGGCUGCCUCUACGGCUACUCGGAGGCGUGCGACGGCUACUUCGUGCACAGCAUCCCCUACUACGAGCAGCUCGUCGCCGAGCUGAACCAGGCGAUCCUGCGCGAGCACUUCGCGAAGAUGGCCGCCGCGGAGCUCCACGGCCAGCGCGCGCGCCGCGAGAAGUCGCUGGGGUCGAAGCGGAACUGGCGCGGCUGCUUCUGGCGCGUCGACGACGAGGUCUCGAGCGACGACGACGAGGAGCGGCCGACGGAGUCGCCGGAGCAGGCGGGCGGCAAGGCGUCGUCGCCGGAGCGGGGCAGGACGUGGGCGUCGCAGCGCCGGAGCGAGGUCCGGUCGCGGAAGCGCCACGAGCGCCAGCGGCACCGCAUCAUGGGCGGCCAGGCCGCCGAGCGGCACUGGAUGGCCGUGCUCGGGGCCGAGCCCCUGCGGGCGUCGCUGCCCCACAUCUGGCGCCGCGUCGUCCGGUGGGCGGACCACAACCGCAACGUCACGCUGCCCACGUACUACGGCGUCGCCAAGGCGGGCCUCUUCGCCAUCUUCCGCGACUACCUGUGCGGCGGCGAGAAGGAGACGCUGCUGGCGACGGCGGGCAUCGUCGGGGGCCGCGACGCGUCCUUCGCGCCGAGCGGCACGGCGUUCGUGACGUUCACGCGGCCCACGGCCAAGCUCCUCGCGACGAACGCGCUCCUCGCCGCGCAGCCCUUCGCCAUGGAGGCGGGCGAGGCGCCGGAGCCGCGGGACGUCAUCUGGGAGAACGUCUACGUGAGCGCCGAGUCCGUGAGCCGGCGCCAGUGGGUCGUCAACGGCGCGAUCCUCACGCUCGUCGUCUUCUGGGCGUCCGUCGUGUCCUUCUGCGCGUCGUCGACGCAGAUCCUGGCCUACCUCGGCUUCGACCCGGCGUCGACGAUCUCCCAGGCCAUCGCGUCCAUCCUCCCGGUCAUCGUGCUCCUGUCCAUCAUCAACCUGCUGCCCCUGUUUUUCCAGCUCAUCGCGCGGUUCUACGAGCGGCUCAAGGCGCACUCGGAGGUCGACCUGAGCGUCGUCGAGCGCUUCUUCCGCUUCCAGUUCAUCAACGUCUACGUGUCCAUCCUCUCGACGGCGAUCCUGAGCGAUUUGAAGGGCGCCUGGGAGUCGCCGUUCACGUUCGUGCGGCGCAUCGGCCUCGACACGCCCGAGGCCGCGUUCUACUUCGCGAAGCUGAUCGUGUUCCAGUGCGGCUCGUCGCCGCUCUGGCUGUUGCGCGCCUGGCCCCUCAUCUCGCGGGGCUUCAAGACCUGGACGGUGCAGCCGCCGGAGCUGCCGGGCAUGAUGUACGGCUGGGCGUUCCCCAAGGUCAUGAUGACGUUCACGAUCUUCUCGACGUUCUGGGUCUUCGCGCCGCUGCUGAGCGUCAUCUCGCUGGUCUACUUCUCGCUCAUCUCCUUCGCGUUCCGCUACCUCAUCCUCUUCGUGCACAUGCCCGUCUACGAGUCGGGGGGGCGCUUCUACUACCGCAUGGUCGAGCGCGUGCUCUUCGGCGUGCUCGUGUCCAACGCGAUCCUCUUCUUCUGGCUCCUGGCGCGGAGCCUCGUGGGCUACGCGCUCCUCGUGUCGCCCCUGCCGCUCCUCGUGCUGUAUUUUCGCGAGUUCGCGGAGGAGGCCUACGGCGCGCCGUCCGUGGGCGUCGCGCUCGACGAGGCCGUGACGAAGGACCGGCACGUCGCCGCGUCCGUCGACGCGCGCUUCGAGUCGAACCUGUACACGCAGCCGGCGCUGCGCGACCAGGGCCACCUCGACGCGGACGCGGAGCUCGAGAGCCUGCUGCACGACGGCGACCCGCUGCUCGCGGCGGUGCCCGCGGAGCCCGAGUCGCCCGCGCCGGCCGAGGGCCGGAAGGUGACCUUCGACGUCGCGGACAGCGACCGGCGGCGGCGGCCCCUCGUGCCCCUGUCGACGCCGGAGACCGCCGACGACGUCGCGCGGAAAUCCGCGAUGAUGUCGUCGCUCCAUCGCCUGUCGCGGCUGCCGGACGCGCGGCGGCCCCACGAGGCGUCGCGCGCGGAGCGCCGCCGCGUGUCCAUGCGCCUCGACGCGGCCUACCGCGGCGACGUCGACUUCUUCUCGGCCAUGGACGAGGAGGAGGAGGACGACGACGACGGCCUGUUCCUGUCGCCGCGGAGCCCCGGCGACGACGAGGUCGCGAUCCCCUGGCCGCCGCCGCCGCCCGACUACCCGCCGCCGGCGGCGAGCGACCCGCUCCCCUUGUCGCCGUCCCUGCGCAACAUCCACGUCGAGGUGACGCCGGACGACGACUCGGAGGAGAAGGACGGCACGGCGCCCCUGCAGCGGACGCGGACCGUGAGCUGCCCCGUCUGCCUCGAGAGCUUCCCGGACGAGUUGGCGCUCGGCGCGCACCUCGAGCACUGCCUCCGGAAGUCGACGCGGCCGCGCCACGCGGCCCCGCCGAAGAAGGAUGGCGACCCCGACGACGAGCGGGGCCGCUGCAUCUGCUACAUCUGCGGCCAGCGCGUGCUGUCGGCGUCGUCGCUGCGGCUCCACCUCGCCAAGUGCGAGCGCCUCGCCGAGGCCGCGCACCGCCUCGAGCUCGAGGCCGGCGAGGCCGCGACGGCCGUCCCCGUGGCGCCGAAGGUCGCCGUGCCCGACGCCGCGUCCGACGCCGCGGCGAUCCGCGCGUGGAACGCGGCGGCCAAGGUCGCCUUCACGGAGUCGCUGCCGCGCUGCGGCCAGUGCGACCGGCGCUUCGCGUCCGUCGCCGCGCGCGACGCCCACGCGAAGCGCUGCCUCGGCGGGCCGCCGACGAAGCAGCGGCCGCCCGGCGCGGGCGCGGUCUUCGACGAUCGGACGGCGCCGUCCGUGCUCGGCGCCAAGGCCUGGGGCGGCGACCAGACCGAUCGGCCGGACCACGUCUUCGCCGUCGACGUCGACCCCGCCGUGAACUCCUGUCUGAAGGCCGUGGGCACGAAGGCCGCGGUCUGCCACCUCUGCGGCUCCGCGGCUUUCGUCGCGUCGCUGGACCACCACCUCGACAAGUGCGAGGCGCGCUGGGUCUUCGCGGAGAAACUGCGGCCCGAGGCGCAGCGGCUGCCGCUCCCGCCGCCGCCGACGGACCUGCCCGUCGCCGUCGAGGAGGACCGGCUGGACUCGGAGGCCAAGGCCGCGCACCGCGCGGCGUUGGACGCGUACAACGUGCUCGCCGCGCGCGUCUACGUGACCACGAGCCGCCGGGGCCGCCGGGCCCAGUGCCGCCACUGCGGCCGGCGCUUCGCGGACCCCGACGCCCGCGCGAGCCACGAGCGGCGCUGCGCGCUCGAGGAGGAGGCCGAGGCGCCGCCGUCGCCGCGGCCGCCCGCGCCCGCGCCGCCCUGGGUCGACGGCAAGAGCGGCGCGGCGCGCAGCGACGCCGUGUGCCUGGAGCCCCACGGCGCCGUCUGCUACCUCUGCGGGAAGCCCUGCCUCGUGGGGUCGCUGCGGCGGCACCUCGCUGUGCACCUCGCGCGGUGCAAGACGCGGUGGGACCUCGCGGAGCGCGCGCGGCCCGUGUCCGAGCCCAUGCGCCCGCGGCCCAGGGGGCCGGACCUGCCGAAGCCGCCGGGCGACCACGACUACUACGCGCGACGAAACAUGGCCCCCGACGACGUCGACGGCGGCGCCGCGGCCGCCGCGGACGCGGCCGCCGCGGCGCUGCUCGACGGCUGGAACGCGGCCGCGCGGGCCAUCUUCGACGGCGUCACGGUCUGCGCCUGCGACAACUGCGGCCGGUCCUUCGCGGACCGCGAGCGGCGCGACGCCCACUUCAGGCGCUGCGGCGACGGCGCCGCGUGGCGAAAGCAGCAGGACGACCUGAAACGGGCCAAGGAGGCGAAGGCGCCGAAGGACGCCGCGGCGCUCUGCCCGAUCUGCGGGAAGCGCGCCCUCCUCGGGUCCCUGCUGCGCCACCUCGACGGCUGCAAGCGGGCCUGGAUCUCCGCGGAGUCGACGCGGCCCGCGGACAAGCGGCGGCCGCCGCCGCCCUGGCCCGACCUGCCGCUGCCGCGCGCGCCGGGCCCCGCGCUGGACGCGUGGAACGCGGCGGUCCAGGAGAGCCGCCAGGAUCCGCGCCAGGUCCACGCCUGCCCGGGCUGCGGCCGGGGCUUCGAGCGCCUCGCGGCGCGGAAGAAGCACUGCGACCGCUGCUGCCCGGAAUUCGUCGACCGGCUGAGCGACGCGGACGCGAGCGACGCGGAGCCCGAGUUCCACCGCGUCCCGAGCGGCGCGCCGGACCCGACGGUGCCCUGCUUCAUCUGCGGCAAGCGCUACGGGUCCGCGAGCGUCGGGCGCCACAUCGUCGCCUGCGAAAAGCGGUGGCGCAUCGAGAACGACGCGCUGCCGCCGACCGCGCGGCGGAAGUUGGAGUUCCCGCCGCCCCACCUGUGGCCGCCGCCGCGCGGUGACCCGGCGCUCGCGGACGAGUACGAGGCCGAGGCCGCGCGGCUCCGGCGGGAGAGCUGCGCGGCGAAGUGCUACGGCUGCGCGCGGACCUUCGAGGACCCCGAGGCCCGCGACAAGCACGCGAAGACGUGCUGCCCGGCGCUCCUCGAGGCCUUCACCGCGCCGCCGGACGACGGCGACCGGCCCCGGGCGGCCCACGCCCUGAGCCCCGCGUGCCACGUCUGCGGGAAGACGCUCGCGACGCUCGCGGGUUUGAGGUUUCACGCGAAGCAGUGCGAGGCGCGCUUCCGCGCCGCGGCGGCCCUCGAGCCGAAGCACCGGCGGCCGGCGCUCCCGAAACCGCCCAGGGGCCUGGCGCUCCCGACCGUCGACGCGUCGCCGGACGCCGUCGCCGCCUGGAACGACGCCGUCAAAGCGAGGCGCGAGUCCGCGGCCGCGACGUGCCCCGGGGAGAGGUGCGGCCGCACGUUCGAGGGCGAGGCGAAGCUGCUCAAGCACAUGGCGAGCUGCUGCCCGCAGAUCCUGGCAAAGCGCGAGAGCGCGAAGCGGCUCGCGGACUUCGAGGCGGACCUGCCGCCGACGGGCGACACCCAGGGCGGCGUCGUCUGCCACCUCUGCGGCAAGCGCGUCCUCUCGAAGAAGUCGCUGCCCUUCCACUACCGGGCGUGCCUCGAGAAGUGGCGCGCCGUCGAGGACGAGGUGCCCGCGGCGGACCAGAAGCCGCCGCCGGCGCCGCCCGCGCUGCUCGAGUACGACAUCGGCGACGAGGCGCCGGCGGCGCCGCCGGACGCGCGCGACGACGACCUCCUCGACGACGACGACGACGGCGGCGACGGCGACGACGACGACGAGGAGGCGGAGGAAACGGGCGAGGAGGCCUUCUCCGAGCGGCCCCUCGUGCGCAUGUGCUACACCUGCGGGUCGACGCGCGAGUCCGAGCGGUCCAUCCUUGAGCACGUCGCGGCCUGCCGGCGGCGCUGGGCGCGCCGGGACCGCUACCGCCCGACGGCCUGGCGCCGGGGAUUGCCGGACAUGGCCUUCGCGCGGCUCCCGGGCCCGGGCGCGUCCGACGCCGUCCUCGCGGCCUGGUCCGCGGCGGCGCUCGCGCAGCUCGAGAGCGCCGCGCCGGCGACGUGCGGCGCGUGCGGGCGGACCUUCGCCGACGGCCGCAAGCUCGCGGCCCACGCCACAUCCUGCGUCGCCGCGCCCCAGUGCGCCGGCUGCGGCGCGCGCUUCGGGGCGACGCCCGCGGGCGCCGCGGCGCUCCGCAAGCACGAGGCCGCGUGCUGCCCGCCGGCCGCCGCCGACGACGACUCCGUCGCGCCGCCCCCGAAGACGACGGGCGUCGUCUGCUACCUCUGCGGCCGGCGCUGCCUCGUCGCGAGCGUGCGGCUCCACGUGCCGCGGUGCCUGGAGCGGUGGCGGGAGGACGCGGCGGCCGCGCUACGCGUCGCGCGCGACCGCGACCUCUUCGGCGACGACCCGCCGCCUUUGGCCGUCGCGAGGGCGACGCCGCCGGACCCGCCCCACCUGCCGCUCCCGGACGCGACCUCGAGCGACGCGGCGCGCGACGCCUACUCGGCCGAGGCCUUCGCCAUCUGGAAGUCGACGUGCCCGCGCUGCGCGUUCUGCGACCGCGACUUCGUGGAGCGGGACACUGUGCAGGACAAGCUCCGGAAGCACCACCUCGGCGGCUGCACGACCGUGCGCUUCGCGGGCACGGCGGCCGUCGAGGCGACGACGGACCGGCUGCUGCUGGCCCUGGACGGCGGCCUCGCGGAGCCCGCGGACGCCGCGCUGCGGGCGUGGCUCGCGACGCGGGGACGCGCGGACGCGGCCAAGGUGCGGAUCACGCACGUCGAGGUGCUGGACAAGGGCGCGACGCUGGCGAUCACGGGGCGCGUCUUCGGCAUCCCGAACCCGCGCAUCGCGCGCGCGACGAAGGACGGCCUGCUGGGCGCGUCCCGCGGCGCGCUGGCGACGUCCAAACAGCUCGAGGACCGCGGUGUCCCCUGCCCGGACCUCGUCCCCGGCGUCCUCGGCGGCGUGACCAUCACGGACUGCGCCGUCGUCGCCGUCGGCGCCGAGCUCUGCGAGCACACGCCCGCGGACUUUACGCUCUUCGGCGCCGUGUUCAACGCGCUGCGCGAGGUGCGGUCGACGCGCCUCGAGGGCGCGGACCGGCGCCUCGACGACGCCUACGUCGACCGGGCGCCCUUCCGGGGCAAGGCCCUGAGCUGGCAGUCGGCCUACAAGCGGCGCGUGCUCGCCGACGAGCGCGACCGGCGGAACCGGGAGCUCGGGGGCAAGAUCGCGAAGAUGAAGCCGACGAUGCGGACGCGGCCCGCGCCGACGGGCCAGCCCAAGCACUGCCACGCGGCCGCGCGCCGCAAAAAGGCGGACCGGGAGAACCGGCUCUACAACGCGAAGAUCCGCAAGGCCCUCGAGGGCAUCUACCGCAAGAAGGCGUCGCGGCUCCGCGAGCACGGCGUCGAGGGCAGGAACGUCGUCGACGCGUUCGCCGCGCGGACCGCGCUCUACGACGACGACCGGGCGGAGGCGAAGCCGCGGCGGCGCGAGGCCUGGACGGGGGCGACGGACCGGGACCCGGCGCGGGACCAGCUGACCUCGAAAGGGCGCCGCGAGCGCGACGAGCACGACCGCUGGGAGGGCCGCGUCGGCUCCGCGGUCGCGCUCGCGCAGUGCAACGCCUGCGGCCUGCGGUCCUUCUACGGGUCCGACGGCGCGCCCAUGCGGCCCUGCCACCUCUGCGGGGUUGUUUUUUAUUGCGAUCGGACCUGCUGCGCGGUCGACGCGCCCGCGCACGCUCUCACGUGCCAGAACGCGCGCGGCCGGAAGCGCUGGCCCACGAAGCUCGCGGCGUUCUGGGUCCAGUCGCGGGCGACGACCGUGGCCCAGAAGCUGCUGCGGCGGCGGCCGAAGCCGUCGGUGGAGGAGGUCAUGCGCGCGAUGGCGAAGGCGCGCGCCGAGGACGCGGCCGUCGACGAGGCGGAGGCCAAAAAAGGGCCGCCGCCCCUGGCGGCCAAGGUGUCGAGCCGCCUCGGCGACUCCGGCGCGCCGCCGCCGGAGACCGCGGCGCGGACGGCCGCGCGCCUCGCGGAGGACGACGAGCGCGACGCCGCCGCGAAGCGCAUCCGCGAGCGGCGGAAAUUGGCCGAGGGGCUCCGGGACCGCGAGACGUCGCGCGUGGCGACGGUCGGCGCGCUCGAGGACGACCUGCGGCGGCUCGAGGCGCGGGCGCUCGAGGUCGCGCUGGAGCGGCGGUCCGUCCUCCUGCAGAUGCACGCGAGCUCCGCGCGCGACGACGCGCUCGCGAGCCUGCCGCAGCGGACGGGCCGCGGCGUCGGCCGCGCGCGCGAGGUCCGCGUCAACGCCGAGCGGGCGGCGCUGGAGCGCACGCCGAAGCCGACGUCGGCGGCGAUCGGCGACUUCCGGAUGCACUCCAAGGUCGUCGCGAAGCCGCCGCCGGGCCGGAGCAUGCGCGAGUCGACGUUCUCGUCCGGCUACCCGGGCUUCGACGUGGAUGAGGCGGGCGGGGGGUCCUAA